UAUCAAUUGUAUGCAAUAUUAUACCCAAAACUAUUUCAGCAUACAUAAUUAUACUUGAGUGAACUAGUAAAGAACAAAAUAGAAGUAAAAAAUCAUUGAAAUUGAAGAAAAUGGCAGCUUCACAACUUAGCUUGAAACCGUACCUUACUAAAUCUUCAAAGAGACCUAUUCACAACAUUGAGUUAACUGGACCUUUUCCUAAGCCUAAGGACUAUGACACUUUAAAAGGCUACAAAAUACCAACUUCUACAUCUGAUGGAGUAGAACGUUUAACAGAAUUUGUGAAGUACAUUGCAUCAAAAGUUAAUGUCAAGAACAGAUACACACCAGAGCAGCUUAAUGAACACACUGAAUAUGUUGAGAAGUUUGUGAAAGAAUUAUGUAUAGGUUUUGGAAUGCACAGUCCUAAAGAUGAUUUGUCCAACAAAGGAAAACCUAAUCCAAUAUUACAAUCUAGCAAUAUCAUCAGAAGAGGCAGUUCAUAUGAAGAAACUAAGAUUUUAUCACCAAGUGAGUAUGACUACAUUCCGAUCUUUGCAUGGUCAUUUGAUGCAGCAGUCAAUGUGGAAGAGGUGGGGGAGAUGUGUAAUAGGGCAGGACAGGGUUAUGGUUUCAUCAAUAUACAACAUGGUGAACUGCACCAGUUGUUUUCACAACUUAGACUUCAUCUUGUAGAGAAUCAACCUGGUAUGAGUGGAUCCAUUGAUAGAUCACCUCAGAUAUCAUCACUUGAGACUAUAUCAGCACUUGGGACUAUUCCUCAGAGUCUACCUGGUUCAAGUAAAAUGGCUACAACCUUUCUCGCAAUAUUGCAUUUGGUCAUUGAACUGCAGCAGUCGUUUGCACAACAUGGACUUGAAGAGAAUCAACCUGGUAUGAGUGGAUCAAUUAAUAGAUUACCUCAGAUAUCAUCACCUGAUGGGACUAUUCCUCAGAGUCAACCUGUUUCAAGUAAACUGACUACAUUCUUUCUUGAAACAUUGCAUUUUGCCAUUCAACACUACCUGAGUGACAGUGACAAGUAUGAGUACAUUGGUGAUAAAAAUCAUCAUGAUGAUCCAGAGUCUCCAUACCCACUGGGAACCAUCAGUCUACAUGAGGGAAGUCAUGGAACCAGUGUAUGGUUACGGAUUGGUGCCCCUAUGUGCACAACAGACAUAGAUCUCUCUUUUGGAGUGGAGAAUAUGAGUGACACCCAGAGAAGGUGUGUUAUGGUGGGUAGGUACCUUGUGGACUGUGACAAGUGUAAUAAUCGUUUUACUCACUGGACCGAGUCACUUGUACAUGCAGGACUCCAGGAUGAUACAAAUACACACACAUUAUCAACAAAUCACCAUUAUUUAUUCCUGACAUUCAAAUAUAUCAAACAUCUGAUUGAAACCAAUUUCAAAGUAAAAACAAUUUCUUCUUCAUAUUCAUACAAAAUGUUACUUCACCAUCACCAAAGAGGUUGUCAGAACGAGAAUGUUGGACAGUGCCUUGAGGACAUAGUGGACCAGUUCCUCCCACAUGAGAAACAAUGUAUUGAUGGGAUUGAAACCAAUAUAUACAAUUAUAAUCACCUAAAAGUACCAGACAUAAAUUACCCUAAGAGGAUGAUAAAACUUAAUAUUAACGCUGAUGAAUGUGCUGCCCUACUGUGGAUCAUGCAGCAUGUGAAGCACACCACUGACACAUCCUGGUGGGACAUGUUGUUGCAGGAAGACCUCAAACCAGAUGAUAUCAAAGAGGGUGAUAUGAUUCAUUCCUUGCUUGACACACUACAACAGGUGAAUAAUUUCCUAAGGAAUAGAGAUCUCAAGAAAGGUUCAGUGCUUGAGGUACAGUGGUUGCAUGAGGAUAACACCAAGACAGUAUAUAGAUGGAUUAAGGAGUGGGAUACAGAUUAAGAUUCAGAUUCCCUCUCAGAUGUAGCACUUCAUUCUGAUUCUGAAUAGCUAGGAUAAAACAACAAACUCUAUAAAUCUAACUAACAUAUCUAAUGUGAACACCACUAGAACUGAUUAAAAGUGUUCAUAAUUCAAAGUUUUCACAUAAACAGUUCUGAAUAU